GAGGAAAGGAUUUGCAACAGCAGAAGGAAAAGAGAAAAAGAAAGGAAGCAGAGAGACAUAAUAGGGAGUAAGACAUUAAGAGAGGGGACGCAUGCAUGCAGCACAGUGUGAGUAUGUGUUGUUUCUAACAGUGAGGUAGGAGGAGAGGAGGAACAGGAGAAGGAGGAGGAAGGGGUGCUUCCUCUUCAGUCUGGGCUGAGCUGCUGAUGUAUCCCAGCAGCCCCGGUCCGUAGCAACAGGAAACCUUGGUAUAAAAAGCCUCAUUGCAGGGGGAACCCUCCUAAGUGUCUCUCAGCCACAGCAUGACCAGGACCGAGAGCCUGAGAGUGUGGACUUAACAAAACAAUGCCCAGCCUAAUCGUCGAACCACUCAACACACAGCACUUCAUCAUGGACAGAGAUGACAGGAAGAGAAACAAGAACAUUGGAAAGAACUUUAUGUGCCGACUCCAGUGCAUGUUCUCACACUCAUCAAGCUCAGAGAGGCUAAGUUUAGAAGAUACCCAACAAUGGUCACAGUCACUGGAAAGGCUUCUCGAGUCUAAAUAUGGACUGGCUACUUUUCGCAACUUUCUCAAAUCUGAAUACAGCGAUGAGAAUAUUGAGUUCUGGCUCACCUGUGAGGAUUACAAGAAGAUCAAGUCUUCAUUCAGAAUGUCCUCAAGAGCCAAGAAGAUUUAUGAGCAGUUCAUCAAAGCAGAAUCUCCUAAAGAGAUCAACAUUGACUAUCACACCCGAGAGCAGAUCAAAAGGAACGUCAAGACUCCCACCAUGCACUGCUUUGACGAUGCUCAGAAGAUAGUUUACGGGCUAAUGGAAAGAGACUCGUAUCCACGGUUCCUCCGCUCGGACAUUUAUAGAACUCUCCUGGAAAACCUCGCCGCUGACGCCACGAAGGGAUGAAGGCGUGCUCACUGGGGAGAGACAAAGGACAUAAAAUCCAUAACUGGAAUGUUUGAGCUCCUUCAGGAGGAAGGACUGACAACAAAGAAGGAAGGAGGGUCGACCUGCGCGCCACACGGACACAUACAGAGGCCUCACACAUCAGCGGCAUCACUAGAUCCAGAAGCAAACUGUGCCUUAGUCCCAUCACAGGAGGAUCCCCCCACAGAGCACUUCACCCGUGGACGAAACAAGACCAGCCUUAAUGAUAAUGACCCUGUAGUGUGUGUUUGCACUGGACGAUAAGUCCAUGUACGUAGGCGAACUGACCACUUUUGACAAUGAAUGAAUCAAUGGGGUGACUGACGCCCGCGCUGACGGUGGAGCUGCGUAAGCAAACCAGGCAGCGGACCUCCUUUGGCCUUCUUUGCAGAGGUGUUUCCUGUGCAGAUAAAGAUAGAGGAUGUAAGAUGCAACAGCCACACUCGAUUUUUUGUGUGUGUGUGUGUGUGUGUGUGUGUGUGUGUGUGUGUGCGCGCGCGUGUGUGUGUGUGUGUGUGCGUCUGGGAGAGAGAGAGAGAGAGAGAGAGAGAGCGAUAAUUUAGUUGUAGCUUUUAAUUGUCACUGACACAGAAUAAGCUGUCGCAAUAAGAGUUGACCAAUUACCUAAUGACAGCACUUAAGAAGCCAACAAAUCCAUAGCAGACACAGGACUCAAUAGUGAUAUGUCAUCCAGAGUAAAGGGUUGCAGCAGGCCACUUAGUUCUGGAAGAGGCCUUCUGAGACACUUUUAUUUUUUAAAUUUGAUCAAUAUGGGGUUUUAAAAACUGAUACUGAUCAUUUUAGAUUUAAGCUGCCUGUGGAUAAUAUUUUGUGCCUAUAUUCAAUACCUGUGAGAUUUAUCGUUUUAAAACAAAAAGUAAAAGUACUUUAUUUUUUGUUUUUUAUUUUACUUUCUAGGAUAAAUAUAUUUUUUGUGUGGAAACCAAACCAAAGUUCUGCACCAAGAAGUUCCCAUUUACGGCCGGUGACGUCAAAUUUAAUUCCUAUGACUAUCGGCCAUCCUCUUAGUCUAAACCAAAUUCUUACAGCACUGCAGUGUCAAGAGUUGUGAUUUUAUGUAAUAAACUAUUUGAGUGGAAUUACCAUAGAGAUAGAAUGUUUCACCUUGCAUGGUAGGAUGUUAAAACUCUGUGUACCCUGAGAAUAUGCCUUGUUCCUGCUUUCUAAAGCAUGUUGUUUGAAUGUAUUCUUAGGUAUUCUUAGGAGUUCAUUUAACUUAAAAGUUAAACAAUGUUUUAUUUAUUGUUAAUUAUCACCAUUUGAGUACAAAGUUUGUUGCAGUGUUGAAGUGCUUGUUAAACUGUUAGUGAUUUGAAUGACAUUAAAUUAUUUAAAUUGCCAA